AAAACUCUCGUUUUGGAUCUUGAUAAAACAAUAAUUUUUGCUACUAGAAAAAAAAAGCUAGCACCAGAAUCUUUCACAAUCACUUCCACUACUUAUUGGAAUUCUACCGAAAUAAAUGAAAUUUAUUACGUUUAUAAAAGACCUUAUCUUGAUUUGUUUUUAGAAAAAACUAGUGAAUGGUUUAAUAUUGUGGUAUUUACAGC